AUGGCUGAAGUUCUCGUGUUCCUAGCUGCUGUCCAAGCGACCACUCAACUGGUGGAGCAAGCCUUUCGCAUACUCGACCGCAUCCGCAGCGCACACAAACGCCAGAAAGCUCUGGUUUCCGUUUUAGAGCGUCACGAGAGCGAACUGAGAAGUAUAAAGACCCUCAUUGGAAUCAUUGAGGAUGAAGAAGAACUGCAAACGCCGAGUGUUGGUUCAGAAAUGGUCCGAUUGAGAGAUGUCCAGAGCAAGCUCGCUGAGUUGCUUAACAAACUCGAUCCUAAACCCAAGGGCAAGGUGAACCAGUUUGCGCAUCAGCUCACGCAGGGAUCCUCAGACGAAGAGAAACUCAGCGUGGUGAUGAGUGAGUUGUCAGACGUCAAGGCGACUCUACUGCUACGCAUUCAGAUAUCCAAUGUGGGCAUCGUCAAGACUAUGGAGAAGAAGCAGCUUGUAGCCAAUGCAGAAGUCAUUGAACGCAUUGAUCUCUUCCUCCGAGAAAAAGUAGGCAACUGUGAAGGCCUCCGCAUCGCCAAGCUCCUUCAAGGCCGACGUCCGUCAACAUCAGACGACGGAACCAUACCCCUAACUCGCGCCGACCUGAAAUCUCUGACCGAAGAAGACGGCGACGAAGACAGCGGCGACGAAACCCUUGUCGACGACUCGGAAUUUCCUUCAAAAGAGUUGCCCAUCAAAACAGAGCGUAUAAUCUUGCGUAACUCGGCACGCCACCAAGCUCUGCAGAUCAAUGCUGCCGCAGGAGAGGAUAUCUGGAAGGAUAUCAGUCGCCUGGUGAUUCAGGAUAAUGUCGCUGAAGAUCAAGCUUUGCAAGUCAAUUACGGCACGACGUUUAAAGUCACAAAGUAUCUACUCGCCGAGCAGAAUAAGCGGAUUGCAGGGUCGAAUAGGACCAUGGAAAGGAAACGGCAUGAUAGUGUACAUGAGCUUUGA